AUGACUAGAUUCAGAGGCUGCAUCGAUAUCCACGCAGGCCAAGUCAAGCAAAUCGUCGGUGGCACGCUUACUCAGGAUGAUACGCAGGCCCUGAAAGAUACCAAAGAGAAUUUUGUUUCGACGAAGCCAGCUUCGUAUUAUGCUGACCUCUACAAACAGAAUUCAGUUGAAGGCUGCCAUGUGAUCAAGCUUGGAAGUAACCCAGCGAAUGAUGAAGCCGCUAGACUAGCAUGUAUUAUAUGGCCCGGACAUCUCCAAGUUGGCGGUGGCAUCAACGAUAGCAAUGCAUUGCAAUGGUUGGACCAACAUAAAGCUUCGCACGUCAUUGUAACCAGCUGGCUAUUUUCACAAGAUGACGGACGUACGGUCUUUGACUGGGCCAAGCUUGAAAGCCUUUCAACUUUGGUGGGCCGUGACAGGUUGGUGGUAGACUUGAGCUGCCGGAAAGUUUCAGAGUCGAAGUGGGUGGUGGCUAUCAACAAAUGGCAAACUCUUACCGACAGCGAACUCAGCGCAGAAUUUUUGGCUCGGGCGGCAAAAUACUGUGCCGAAUUCUUGGUUCAUGCAGCCGAUGUGGAAGGUCUUUGCAACGGUGUGGAUGAAGAAUUAGUGACGAAGUUAGGCGAGUGGUGUCCCCCACGAUUCGAGGGGCGCAUUGUUUAUGCUGGUGGUGCUCGGCUGAUCACCGAUUUGGACCUCGUAGCUCGUUUAAGCGGAGGAAAAGUCGAUUUGACUUAUGGAAGUGCGUUGGAUAUUUUUGGCGGGUCGUUAGUACGGUUUGAAGAUGUGGUGCGAUACAACAGAGCAUAA